UCUCUCAAUCUCCUAUCUUUCAUGCGAAUCCGUUCCUCACUCUUCUCUAUCUUCCUCCUUCCCUCUUCUCCUUCCCAUUCCUUUUCUCGUUUGUCCUCUCCGCUAUGUCUCAUUCCCUCCAGAAAUCCCGACAAGAUCAUGCAAAUGGUGAAUGUCGUGAUCCGAAAUCUAGGGUUACCGUCGUCGGAAGUGGGAGUUGGGGAAGCGUCGCUGCUAAGCUCAUUGCUUCUAAUGCCCUCAAGCUUCCUUCAUUUCAUGAUGAAGUGAGGAUGUGGGUGUUUGAGGAAGUCCUACCAAAUGGUGAAAAGCUCACUAAUGUCAUCAACAAGACCAAUGAAAAUGCUAAGUACCUUCCCGGGAUUACGCUAGGAAGAAAUGUUGUUGCGGAUCCUGACCUUGAAAAUGCAGUGAAGGAAGCAAACAUGUUGGUUUUCGUUACACCGCAUCAGUUCAUGGAUGGUAUAUGCAAACAACUAAAGGGAAAGAUUUCAGGAGAGGUUGAGGCUAUAUCUCUUGUCAAAGGAAUGGAAGUGAAGAAGGAAGGUCCCUGUUUGAUCUCAAGUCUCAUCUCCAAGGAACUCGGUAUCAACUGUUGUGUUCUUAUGGGCGCUAACAUCGCAAACGAGAUUGCUAUGGAGAAGUUUAGUGAAGCAACGGUGGGGUAUGGAGGGAGUAGAGAUAUAGCUGAAAAAUGGGUUCAGUUGUUUAGUACUCCCUAUUUUAUGGUCACACCGGUACAUGAUGUUGAAGGAGUAGAGUUGUGUGGGACGUUGAAGAAUAUAGUGGCUAUUGCAACGGGUUUCGUUGAUGGUUUGGACAUGGGUAAUAACACAAAGGCUGCAAUCAUGAGGAUUGGUCUAAGAGAGAUGAAAGCACUCUCCAAGCUUCUGUUUCCAUCUGUUAAGGACAGUACUUUCUUUGAGAGCUGCGGUGUAGCAGAUGUCAUAACAACUUGCUUGGGAGGAAGAAACCGACGAGUUGCGGAAGCAUUUGCCCGAAGCGGAGGAAAAAGGUCUUUUGAUGAGCUUGAAGCAGAGAUGCUAAAAGGGCAAAAGCUACAGGGUGUUUUGACGGCAAGAGAGGUGUAUGAGACUCUGGACCAUCGUGGAUGGUUGGAGAUGUUUCCGCUGUUUUCAACGGUUCACCAAAUCUGCAUAGGUCGUCUUAAACCUGAUGACAUAGUUCAUUACCGUGACCACAAAAGCCUGAUUUCUAUUGAUGGUCCCAUUCAUCUGCGAAAGAGUAUUUCUUCUAUGAUGUAGAGGUUAAACGUUUUGUGUUUUUCUUUUAUGGUUACUGUUGACUAGAAGCUUCUAGAUUGUUUAGAGGGUCCUGGUUAUCCUAAAUUUUGGUCCAAAUCCAAAGCUUAAUGGCUUGGCUUGAUGGAACACAGUCGUAUUUUCAAUUUUGUAAUCAGAACUGCUGGGUUUGUUUGCUAUUUUUGAAAGAUUCACAA